AUGGAGUUCAAUUCUACAGGCUUACAUGUUUAACCCCAUUUAACUAUAAAAAAAGAAAUUUGGAAUUAAUUUGUAUGCGAAUUUCCUCGAUGUUCAAAUUAAUUCAAAUUAUCUGAAAAUCCAUAGGAUAAAUAUAAAUUUCUUUCAGCUUUGAUGAUUGCUAAUAUUUUUGAUGCAUUGACAUGUUGGCAACAAUUAAGAAAACUAUAUGAUGUUUACGAAUCUUUGGGAAGGAUUGUUAAUGACAAAGUCAAUCCUUUACCAACUUAGAUGUAAAAACACAUUUUAAAUUUAAUAAAAUCAUUUAACACUAUUAUAGACAAUUUAUAACUCUUUGAUUAUCGUAAAAUUGAGAAUAAUAAUCUUUAACAUUAUUAAAAGAUAUAAAUAGUUUAAGACUACAUAUAAAGAUAAAGAAAGUAUAUUUACUCUCUCUUAAAAAAUGAAGAAGGAAUUAAUAAUCUAUUUAAAUUAUCUAGAGGAAUAGCUUUAAGUUUAUAUCUUAAGCCUGAUUACGAAAAGAUCACUCCUGUAGCAAGAUUUUUAAAAUCUUUAAGUAGGGAAGAGAUAAUUAAAUAAUUAAGUAAUGAUGAUAUUUAAAUCAAUCAAAAAAAUUAUUUUAUUUUAGAAGAUUAUGAGGUGAUAGCCAUUUCACAUUUAUUUAGUUUUCCUAUUCAUUUUUUUAUUAAUUAUUUUGAACCAUAAGCUAAUUAUCUCAUAAAGAGAAGAAUUCAUUAAUAAUAAAGUGAAGAAAAAACUAUUGCUUUUUUUCUUGAUAUCCAAUCAAGUAACUCCAGUGUAAGAAUUCUUUCAUGUACUUCAGAUAUUAUACAUAUAUAAAAUAUAAUUAAUCAAAAAAAAAAUUUGUUUCAAACCAAUUAACCAAGAGCAAUUAUAGAAUAGAUGUAAUUAAUUAUGGAAAGUAUUUUAAAUUAAGCAAUGCAUGAUUUUUCAAAUAUAAAUAAAUUUUGGAUUGUUAAAAUGUUAUAGAUUAUAAAAUAAGGAGAAGCAUAAUCUCUUGUUGCUAAUAAAUAAGCAAUAAAAAUCAAUGAUUAAUUUAAAAGAGAAAUUUUUAAUUUAUUUUAAUGCUUAAAUUUUGAUAUUAAAUUACAUGAAGAAUUUGUAUAGAUAUCAGAAGCUAAUCUAUAAGAAACAGAAGAACUUAUUGAAAAUAUAAUAAUAUCUUAAGUAUCAAUGAUUAGAGAUUAAAUAACAGAUAUAAUUAAUAAUUAUUAGAAACCUCAAUCUAUUUCUAUAAAUUAAGUAGCUUCUGGUGAUUAAGUUUCAGUUCCAAGAUAUUUAGUAAAUAAUUCUUUAUUUCCAUCCCAAGUAAAUCAGGCUCCAAAUUACUUUUAAUAAUAAAAAAAAUUAAAUUUAGCAGGUAGAUUGAUAGCUAAAAAUCUAGAUAAUGAUUUACCUGAUAAUUCUGAUUCAAGUGAUAAAGGAUUAAAAAAUAGAAAUUUUGUUUCAACUAAUAUUAUAUAAAAUGUACCAGUAGUAUGCAAAGAGUAUGAUACUGAAGAUGAAAAUGAUUUUAAACAACCUGAUGAUUAACCAUAAGAGGAUAAAAAAAUAUAAAAAGAUUAAUAAUAUAGUUCUAAUGAAAAUGGUCUAAUUAGACCACCAAGAUAUUAAAAUUAAAGAAAUUAAUUUAAAAGUGAAAUUUUAAAGAAAUAGGUAAUUUAAAAUUCAGAUAAAAAUAUAUUUUCAGAAAAGAAAAGAUAAAAAAGUGUAGAGAAUAUAGAUUUAGAAGCAAGUUUGAAUUUAUAAAAUGAAUAUCUUGUUUCUAGUUAAAAUAGGGCAUCUAUUUUAAGAGGUACUUCAGAUUAAAAUGCUUUAAAAUAAUCAUUAAAACAAAGAGAUAGUUUAGAUUUUGAACCAAAAAAAUAAAUUAUAAAUUAGUAAAAUAGAAUGAGUAGUUCAUAAAUUAUGAAAAACAGUAUGAGGCUUGAAUAAAAAGAGGCACUAACAAAUGAAUUAUAUUAAAGUCAUAUAUCUGAAGCAUUAAAUGAAUCAAAAAGUGAAAUUAGUAUGAUUUAAAAAUGGUUUUGUCCUAUUUGUUUUACAGAAAUCUUUCAACCUGAUUUAAUAAGAAGUUUACAUGAUGAUCAUAAAGUUUGUAAAUCUUGUUUAGAGGAUUGGAUUAAAGUAUAAUAUAUAUAUAUAAAUUAUUUUAUAGGUUAAAUUUAAUGCUGGAUAAUGGAAUUUUAAAUUUUUUAAAUGUCCAAUAUAAUUAAUUGAAAGAGAAACUAUGAAACCUUGUGAGCAUAUAAUUGAAUAAUAAGAAAUUAAAAAUGCUUUAUCUGCUGAAGAAUUUAGUAAAUUAACAGAGAGAGCAAUGAAACAUGGUAUAAUUGAUAUUAUUUGUCCUAAUCAAUCUUGUUCAGCAAGUAUUAAAGGAAUGCCUCCAUAGAAUAAAAAUGGAUUUUUAUGUCCUAAAUGUAAUCAUAAAAUAUGUUGGGUUUGCAAGUAAAUUUAUAAAUGAAUUUUAAAUAAUAGAAAUUCUGACCAUGGUGAUUCAAAAUGUCCAUAAAGAUUAGAUGAAAUAAAAGUAGCUUUAUAAGAUGAAAGAGUUAGUUGUUGUCCUGGAUGUUUAGAAAUAUAUAUGAAAAAUGAAGGUUGUGAACAUGUCUCUUGUACUAAUUGUUUAAUUGAAUUUUGUUUUGCUUGUAGUGCUCAUAGACCUCCAAUCAUAGGACAUGGUUAUUAUGUUAUUAAUAAUAUUAGGAGCUCAUUAUCAUAGAGUUGGUUGUUAAUAUAGAUAAGCUUGGUGGGAUAAAAAUAAAAAUAUAGAAAAUUUAAUGGAAGAAUAUGAUCCAAUAGAUUGUGAGUAUUGUAAAAGAGAUAAAAAACCAUGUCCUCGUCCAAUGAGUUUGACUGAUUUUAAGAAUUUAGCUCAUUUAAACUUUUGA